GCCAUUUAUGUAGGGUUACUCGCAGUAUAGGUUCCACCUCUCUUCACUUCUUUUUCGUUUUUUAAUUUGCUUUCUGUAAUGGCUAAAUCUUAUUUACCUGCAAACUUUGGGUUUAUGGCUUCAAGAAUGCUGCUUUUUGGGCUGUUUAUGGUAUCCCUAUAUACCACAAGUGCUCAAAUAGGUGUUUGCUAUGGACAGCUCGGCAACAACUUACCAUCAAGGCCCGAAGUUAUAUCCCUCUUCAACCAGAGAAACAUUAGAAGAAUGCGACUCUACGCGCCAGACCAACCUAGUCUCCAAGCUCUCAGAGGAACCAACAUUGAGCUGAUGCUCGGCGUUCCGAAUUCCGAUCUUCAACGUAUCGCGGCUAGCCAAGCCAAUGCAAACAUCUGGGUCCAGAACAAUGUUAGAAACUUUGGCAACGUUAAGUUCCGCUACAUUGCUGUUGGAAACGAAGUCCAACCUUCCGAUCCGGCGGCUCAAUUUCUCGUUCCUGCCAUGCAGAACAUUCGUAAUGCAAUUGUUGCAGCUGGACUUGGUAAUCAAAUCAUAGUUUCCACAGCGAUCGACACAGGUGCACUGGGAGAAUCUUACCCUCCUUCAAAAGGGUCUUUUAGGCCUCAAUACCGCCCACUUCUCGAUCCAAUCAUUCGUUUCCUGGUGAACAAUCGUGCCCCAUUGCUUGCUAAUGUGUACCCAUAUUUUAGCUACGAUGCCAACUCAGUUAUCAGUCUGGAUUAUGCUGUGUUCAGAUCACAAAGCCCUGUUGUCUCAGAUCCUCCUUUGCUAUACCGUAACCUUUUCGAUGCCAUAUUGGAUGCUAUUUACGCAGCACUGGAGAAGGCUGGUGGGGGUUCCUUGGAGGUUGUGGUGUCGGAGAGCGGAUGGCCUAGUGCGGGAGGUGGGGCAAGGGGGGCAACCAAUAUUGAUAACGCCAGAACUUAUAACCAGAACUUGAUUCAGCAUGUGAAAGGAGGGACUCCAAAGAGGCCUGGAAGACCUAUUGAAACUUAUAUUUUUGCCAUGUUUGAUGAGAAUACUAAACAGGGGAAGGAAAUUGAAAGGCACUGGGGACUCUUUUUUCCUAAUAAGCAGCCUAAAUACCCUAUCAAUUUUAACUAAAUUAUACAUGAAGAGGUGCAGAACCUGGAUUACCAUGUCUGCCAAACCUUUCCCUAAUGUAAUUUGCCAGAAUAAGAGCAUGUAAGCUACUCAAAAUGAUUAAACAUUACUUACAUCGGAUGAUAA